GGGAAGAGCCGUAUGUGAGGAAUCCUCUGCAGGAUAGUCUUUUGAAUACUGGCCCAGGUUGUUCAGUCAGCAGAAGUUAUUCCAAAGCACAAGAAAAGAAUAGAAAUACACUAAGCAAGACUGUCUUUUAAUAAAAGGAUAAAGGACUCCAACUCUCAAAAAAAUAUGAAUCAUUCAGCAUCCUAUAUGUCUACAAAUGAGUUGGCAGACAAAGAAAUAAAACCAUUCUCAUGUCCUGAAUGUGGAAAAUGUUUUAGCAGUAAAACAGUUCUUGUGAGACAUCAGAAAACUCACGCAGGAGAAAAACCAUUCUCAUGUUCUGAAUGUGGAAAAUGUUUUAGCAGUAAAGCAGUUCUUGUGAGACAUCAGAAAAUUCACACUGGGGAAAAACCUUUCUCGUGUUCUGAAUGCGGAAAAUGUUUUGUCAUUAAAUCAUAUCUUAUUAAACAUGAAAAAACUCACUCAGGACAGAGACCUUUCUCAUGUUCUGAAUGUGGGAAAUGUUUUGGUGAGAAAUCAGAUCUUGUGAAGCAUCAUAGAAUUCACACAGGAGAAAAGCCUUUCUCAUGUUCUGAAUGUGGAAAAUGUUUUGUCCAUAAAUCGUAUCUUAUUAAACAUGAAAAAACUCACUCAGGACAGAGACCUUUCUCAUGUUCUGAAUGUGGGAAAUGUUUUGUCCAUAAAUCGUUUUUUGUGAAGCAUCAGAAAUCUCACUUAGGAGGAAAAUGUUUCUCGUGUUCUGAAUGUGGGAAAACUUUUGUCAGUAAAUCAAAUCUUGUGAAACAUCAAAGAUCUCACACAGGAGAAAAACCUUACUCAUGUUCUGGAUGCGGUAAAUGUUUUGUCGAUAAGUCAGCUCUUGUUAAGCAUCAUAGAACUCACACAGGAGAAAAACCUUUCUCUUGUUCUGAAUGUGGGAAACGUUUUAGUGCGAGUGCAAAUCUUAUAGUGCACAAAAGAAUUCACACAGGAGAAAAACCGUUCUCAUGUACGGAUUGUGGGAAAUGUUUUGUAAAAAAAUCAAAUCUUGUUGUUCAUAGGAGGACUCACACCGGAGAAAAACCUUUCUCGUGUUCUGAAUGCGGGAAAUGUUUUGGUGAAAAAUCCGUUCUUCUGAAGCAUCUGGAAACUCACAGGAGAGUAACCGUUCAGAACACGAAUGUGGGAUAUAUUUUCACCAGCAAUCACAUCAUAGCUAUCUGAGAAUUUGCACAAAAGAGAAGUUUUGUAAUGUUCUGAAUAUGGGAAAUGUUAUAAUCAAUUCUAAGGUUUUUUUGAGGCUUUAAUGGAUAAACAUGGGAGUAGUACACAUUGUAUAGAGGGGCGGAGCCGACCUGAGAGCUGCAUGGACACAUCCUAAUAUGCUCCGUCGGAUAAAUGCACAGAUUCCAAAGACAUCAGGCAAAAACUAUAAUAUGGGUCACCCCAAAAGAUCCACUAACUCCAGCCAACCCUUGAAUAAGACUCUGGCAGGGAAAUCUGGCACACUAACUUAAUAUUUCUGCAAUUAUUCACCACACUUCAGCUCGCCGCCAUCGAGACCAGAGGGAUCAAAUCCUCCUACUGAUCAGGAGAUAAGAGACAUCCUCUACAGCUUACCCUCAUUACCCUCGUUCCAGCCCAAACUGGACAUCAUGGACUCUUGACAUUCGCCACAUGGGGGAUAGAGUUAGUGUGCUCAAAGACAACAGGGACACACUUCAUAUACAGGUGCAAUUCAUCCAAGACUCAGUAUCUGCCUACUCCACUCACCUAUCAGCUAUGCAGAGAUCUCUCGACAAUAGAGGAUGGCACAAUAACCUUUGCGUUAAAGGUCUCACUGAGAAUGACCAAAACAUUUUCCCAAUCAUCCUCCAGGAACUCUUCAAUCUUAUGCUGGGUAAAUCUCUCAUUGCUCCUAUCAAUUUUGACAGGGCCCACAGAGUGCUACUCCCUGAAGGAGCUCAAGCUGACACACCCUGUAGCAUCAUAUGUCGUCUACAUUAUUACUCCUGUAAGGAGAGCAUUCUUGCGGCCCUACGGCAAUCUAGUCAACCUCUCCUAUUCCACAACACACCGAUCACCAUUUACAUGGACUUUUCCUGGAUGACGCUACAGGCCUUCUGCAUUAUAAGGCCCAUCACUGCUCAACUUCAUUCCAGAGGAUUAAGGUACCGGUGGGGCUUUUCCUUGGCUCUUAGUGUUACGUACAUAGUGUUACCAUACACUCGAUCAAAGAUGUCCCACCAUUCCUUCAAACUCUCAAGCUGCCAGAUGAUCCAUGUACCAGAUUGUUAUGGCCCUUUGCAGGUCCCAGCUAUCUCUUAGCUUUCCUAAUGCCUAUGCUGGCAGCACACCCCCUUAAAAAAGAAACAUCCCACUGACCCAACGAAACAGUGAACUGUGUAUGCUGGCGACCCUGUGGAACCUACAUCGUAUACAGACCUAAUGCUGUCCUUGAUAUUGGUGCUAUAGCAUGACUUUCCUACUACAGAACAAGGACUGUCCUGACACUGCAUCGUGCUAAUCGACUCACGCUGAAGAUGACCACCUCUAACAGAAAAUACCAACCAAGCAAACAUGGACUGGUGAUUUUAUAAAAAACAUACUACCCUCUUGCUGCUCUAACCCUCCCAAAACACCCUUUAUCCUCCUACCUCCCUCUCUCUGCACCCCUCUCCAUUUUCUCCUUUCCACCUCUGGAGUUCCACAUCCCCCGACCACCUAGAACACCAUCUCAGGUAAAAAAACAAAAAACUACCAAACGUUUUUCUGGUUGCUAAUGCUCAGAUAUGAGCGGAACAAAAUCUCCAAAUUACCCCCAUUUCCUUUUCCCUCCCCUAUACCCAUAGGAUCUAUUACAUCCAAGAACUCCUGUACCACCUCCUCUCUAUCACCUGAGUGAAUCACAAAACAAAAUGUUAAUAUUAGCAAUACUAAAUAUUUCCCCGGGUGUCCAAACUUAGCCUCUCUUGUACACUGCUCUCCCAACCCCCACCCACUUAGUCACCAUCAUAUACAUGAUUCCCUAUACCUGCUCCCUACCACUUGAAUAAUUUAUCACUGCCAAAUUAUAAAAAAAAUCCAAUAUUAUUCGAGUAUUCCCUAGACAACUUCUAAUUACAGUAUAGAUUUACAAUCAGUCCAACCCAUUCUCCUCCUUGUACUUCCUGUCAAGCAUCAAUACACAAUUGUACCAAAUUGGUCCCAAUUGCAGGCGAUUACCCCAGCCAGUAUCCACCCAUACUAUUCACAUGGAUUUGUGCACGUAUGACUCAGCCAUUAAAGUGAGAGAGUUUCCCGCUACUGACAUCUCACAAAUUAACCCUGAUAACACAAUUACACUAGUCCCGACCAAAGGGGUAAAUGUGGGCAACUACUAGCUAAUGCAUUGCAACACAACAAACAAACCGUCUUCAUAUCCAAAAUUAAAAAUCAAUCGGGAGAAAUUUCCCAUAAACUCAUGGACAUCUUAGAGAGAGAAAUUGUUCAAUUCCUGUUUCAGAAACAUAAAUUGAACAAUUUCUCUCCGCUAGAGUAAAAAAUACCAUUCCACCCAACAGUAUACUAGCCUUCGAUGCCCCAUCACACAGGACAAAUUGUACCUAGCAGUAAAAAAAAAAAAACACCUCUAGGCAAAAGCCCUGGUCCUGAUGUAUUCACAGACAAAUACUACAAAACAUUCCUACCAACACUCUCAGAACCAUUUCUGAAAACCUUAAACUCCCUCACUCACUCCACAAGCCUCCCCCAAGCUUCUCUAGAGGCCCAAAUUGCCUUUAUACCCAAACCGGGAAAAGACCCAACUGUAUGUGUAAAUUAUCACCCAUUAACAUUGAUAUAUGUAGCGGGACACCUGGUAACCCGACCGGUUACCUCCACUAGUUCCCUUCCUUCAGCCGACCAGGAACUCUUACAGGGUUAGGGGACUUAGCUCCAUGAGCUCCCAGGGCUGGACGGCACUCAGUCCUGGAAGCUCUUAGUCUUUACAAGGACUUUGCAUCCCCUGCAAGCUGGAACGGCAGACACAGGGGUUAAAUAUUCCCUCCCUCCAGUAACCAGACAAGACACAGUUCUGGAGGUUAAAACACUGGCCAUCUUUAUUGAAAAUGGGCUUCUGUUAUGCACAGAUGGGGUCUCCAUUCAACUCAACACAAUCCCAGGCAGGAGGGGGUUGGGUUACAGAUAGCCAUCUCCCGCUCUCGGAGAUACCAACAGUACACAGGGACACACAUUAAAACGCAUUAUAUCCAGAGGGGUAAACUUUGGGGCUCAGGGUUGACACAUACUUUGCUAGAUAGCCCUGGGUCCCUACUAGGAUCCCUGCAAAUAGUGGGGCCAUCGGUUAUUCAGAGCCCGAGAAAUCGUCGUCCAAAACCCAGGGCUCGUGCCUCUGUACAUCCCUGAAAUUAGUUCCAUGAAGUUGCUUGGAUUAGUCCGGCGAAUUAAAUCGAAAUCAAAGCACCUAAACCAAGCAACAACCAAUCAGCUGAAAGGCGCAAAACCAAAUUGUGCCAAUCAGCUCGCAGGGACGAGAGGAGUUUCGCUGCCCAAUCAGGCAAAAGUGCGUGAAAAUCUGUUACACCAAUUGGCACUCGGAGACUAGAGGGGUUUUGCUGCCCAAUCAGUAGAAAGGGGGCGAAACCCCGUUUGAAAGAGCGAUCUCGCUCUGAUUGGUCGCAUGCGUCCCGCAGCGACCAAUCAACGCCCAGUGUUUGUGCCGACCAAUCAGGAGAACGGCGCGAACCCAGUUUGAAUGGGCGCGCCCUCUCCCAUUGAUCCACACAGACU